AUGAUACCUCGUCGCUUCAUCCAGACACUGGGGGGGUUGGCCCUGCUCGCCGCCUCGGCGUCUGCCGCCGCAGUCAUGCCCCGGCAAAACGUCUCUGUUGACACGACCAGCCUCGAGCUCCUGACCAAGGCCGCCGAUGUCCAGGUUCCGACUGUGCUCACCAACAAGAACGCGUCGCUGACGGGCUCGCCGCGCAGUCUCACGCGCGAGGUCCGCCGCCUCGUCACGCCCUUUGUGUGGCCCGACUCGGCCUACUACCACGACGAGACCCUGCUGCCGCACAUUGACGAGAUGCUCGCCGUCCUCACCCAGAGCCAGCACUGCGACGGCACCUACACCGUCGGCAACCGCCACUCGCCCCCGGACACGGGCUUCCUGGUCGAGGACUUUGGCAUCAUGGUGCGCAUCCUCGAGGCGGACGACCACGAGGCCUCCCAGGCCAUCGCCGAUACCAUCCGCGACAUCCUCGUCAAGGCCGGCCCGGGCCUCGCCAAGGGCGGCAUCCACACGCCGAACCACCGCUGGAAGAUCUGCGGCGCCCUGGCGCGCAUCUCGCGCAUCACGGGCGACGAGGACGGAAGCCUGGUCGGCCGCGUCGACGAGUGGCUCGCCGAGGGCAUCGACAUCGACGCCGACGGCAUCUACUCGGAGCGCAGCGCCAUCUACUACGCCGCCGUCACGAACCCGUCGCUGCUGACCGUCUUCCACGAGCUCAACCGCACCGGGCUGCUCGCCCACGUCCGCAAGAACCUCGAGCUCACCAUCGAGCACGCCGAGCCCGGGGGCGAGAUCGAGACCAUCCUCAGCCGCCGCCAGGACCAGGCCCAGAACCCGGGCAACAACAUGCGCGAGUUCUACCCCAUCUUCCGCGAGAUGGCCCUCCUCGACGGCAACGGCCGCUUCGCCGCCAUGGCCCGUCUCAUCGAGCAGCAGAGCGGCGCCACCCUCGGCGACUACCUCGGCGCCCUCAUCGAGCGGCCGGCGCUCAUGGCCCCGCUGCCCGCGCCCGAGGAGCCGUUCGUCGACUUUGAUAAGCACUACGCCGCCGCCGGCCUCGUCCGCGCCCGUCGCGGCAAGCUGUCCGUGUCCGCCUUUGGCGGCUCCGACUGGUACCGCGCCGGCGACAAGACGGACCUGUACAACCGCUUCGGCUCGGGCUUGUCGACGAACCCAACCAUGUUCCGCGCGUGGAACGGCAAGGCCGUCCUCGAGGCCGUGCGGCUCGUGCCCAACUUCUUCACCAUGGGCCACUUCCGCUCCAACGGCAUCGCCGUCGACGACAGCGGCAGCGGUGUCGUGCGCCUCGCCAGCGAGAUGGAGGUGCCGUACUACCUGCCCAUGCCGGCCGAGGGCCGCGACGAGAACGGCGAGUACGCGCUCGGCCGGUCCGUCGCCGACGGCCGCUUCUACGCGGCGCUCGACUUCGCGAACCGCCCGACCAGCAUGCGCCGCCUCAAGACCGAGGUGGCCAUCGCGCCGACCGAAGCCGGGUACGACCUCACCUUUGAGGUGACGGGCGAGCGCGACGUCGAGCUGACGUUCGAGCUGGCCUUCCGGAAGAACGGGACGUUCGCCGGCGUGGAGGAGGUCGGACAGGAUGCCACGGGCGGCAAGACGUACCACCUCGUCGAGGGCGAGGGCUCCUACAGCGUCGGGGGGGAUACCAUCACCUUUGGCUCGGGACUCGGCCGCGGCCUGAUCGACGCCCGGCCCGGCGAGCAGUACAGCUGGCUCGGCGGCACGCUCGUCUUGCAGGGCGACAAGGUGUACAUCACGGGCAAGUCGCCGUUGACGUACACCCUGAAGUUGGGGUUCUCCUAG